GUUAACCACUCAGCUACUAAUCAAAAGUUGGCUGUUUGAUCUAUGAGUUGGAAUCGACUCAAUGGCAAUGGGUUUGGUUUUGGUUUAGAGAUACCUCAGAAGAAGGGCUGGCAAUCGACUUCCAAAAAAUCACAGUCAUUGAAAACCCUAUGGAGCGCAGUUCUACUCUGAAAUACAUGGGGUCACCAUGAGUCAGAAUCGGCUCAACAACAGCCAGUUUGGUUUUUUUGUUUGUUUCUUUCUUUGUUUUUGUCUUCUCCACUCUUUGUUUCCCUUCAGCCUAGAGGGAGUAGUCCCCCCCGCCUUGUAAUGACUACAGUUGAAUAGUUCUAUACUGGGUUUUCCUGUCGGGGUAUGGGGAAUCUUAUGUUCCUUAUUUCAGAUCAGCAGAAAUAUGCACCAAGAAAACCAAACUACCAUCUCUGAAUUCAUUCUUCUGGGACUCUCCAACGAUGCUGAACAGCAGAAUGUCCUCUUUGUGGUCUUUCUGGGUAUGUACCUGGUCACAAUGGUUGGGAAUGGGCUCAUCAUCCUGGCCAUUGGAUUGGAUUCUUACCUUCACACCCCCAUGUAUCUCUUCCUUGCCAAUCUGUCCUUUGCUGAUAUUUCCUCCAUUUCCACCUCAGUCCCCAAAAUGCUGAUAGAUAUUCAUACCGAGAGUCAUUCCAUCUCCUAUGAGAGCUGCAUCAAACAGAUGUACUUCUCCACUAUGUUCGUCGUCAUUGACAAUUUUCUCUUGGGUGUCAUGGCCUAUGACCGCUUCGUGGCUAUCUGCCACCCUCUGAACUAUACAACCAUCAUGCAGCCCAAGAUCUGUGCUUUGCUGACAGUCAUCCCGUGGGUCCUCAGUAAUGUCGUUGCCCUGACACACACCCUUCUGCUCAUUCAAUUGAUCUUCUGUGACAGCAACAUUCUCCCACACUUCUUCUGUGACCUGGCCCCUUUGCUCAAACUGUCCUGCUCAGAUACAGUGGUCAAUGAGUUUGUGUUGUUUGUCAUUGGCUUAUCUGUCAUCACUUUCCCCUUUGCCCUCAUCCUCUUUUCCUACAUCCACAUUGUCAGUGCUGUCCUGAGAAUCUCAACCACAGAGGGAAAAUGGAAAGCCUUCUCCACCUGUGGCUCUCACCUGACAGUUGUAUUACUCUUCUAUGGGACCAUUGUAGGGGUUUACUUCUUGCCUUCAUCUACCCACCCUGAUGACACAGAUAAGAUUGGAGCAGUACUAUUCACUGUGGUGACACCCAUGAUGAACCCCUUCAUCUACAGCCUAAGGAACAAGGACAUGAAAUGUGCCCUGAGAAAGCUCAUCAAUAGAAAAAGAUUUCUCCCUUCAAUGCCCUGGGCGUCUGAAUUCCAUUUAUCCCCAUAA